CCGGACACACCCUUGAAACAAGAUGGCGGAGUAUUUUGGUGAACUCGACCUGAAAAGUAGUUGAGAGAAACACAUUGCUAGCAAUGUACUGGAACUUAAAAACCAGGGAACUCUUGCAUAAAAUUUAUCAUAAGACACUGGAAUGUUAAACUCAAACGAAAUAGACAGCAAGUAAAGAAAAGUGACGGAAAAAGUUUGUAACUUUUGGGGCGACACUUGUCGUGAUCUUCUCAAGUGUCAAACACCAUGGCUCAACCACAGCGGCGGGGGAUGCAGAUUGACCCAGAGAUAUGCUUCACCAAGAUGGACAAGAUUGGGAAGGGGUCUUUUGGGGAAGUUUACAAAGGUCUAGACAACGAGACGAAGAAAGUUGUGGCCAUCAAAAUCAUCGAUCUGGAGGAGGCAGAGGAUGAAAUCGAGGAUAUUCAGCAGGAGAUCAUGGUUCUGUCCCAGUGUGACAUUCCCUACGUCACCAAGUACUAUGGCUCCUACCUCAAGGGUUCCAAGUUAUGGAUCAUCAUGGAGUACUUGGGGGGAGGUUCGGCUUUAGAUCUGAUGAAAGCAGGACCUUUCUCUGAGAAUGACAUUGCCAUCAUCUUACGAGAAAUCCUCAAAGGACUGGACUACCUACAUUCUGAGAGGAAGCUACAUAGAGAUAUCAAAGCUGCCAAUGUCUUGCUGUCAGAAAUGGGGGAUGUUAAACUGGCUGACUUUGGAGUUGCUGGUCAGCUGACUAACACGACUAACAAACGGAACACAUUUGUUGGGACCCCGUUCUGGAUGGCCCCCGAGGUUAUCAAACAGUCAGCGUACGACACCAAGGCUGACAUAUGGAGUUUGGGUAUCACUGCUAUAGAGCUGGCCAAGGGGGAACCCCCCAACUCUGACCUCCAUCCAAUGAGAGUCCUGUUCCUGAUCCCUAAAAAUAACCCUCCACAGCUGACGGGGAACUUCUCCAAACUGUUCAAGGAGUUUGUGGAGUUGUGCCUUAAUAAGGACCCUAACAAUAGGCCCUCAGCAAAGGAACUGUUAAGACACCCAUUCAUCAGGAGGGCCAGAAAAACAACAUAUCUACAAGAAUUAAUAGACAGAUAUCAGAGGUGGAAACAGGAGAAGGGGAACGACUCUGACUCGGACUCCGAGAGUGAUGAAGAUGUUCAGGAGGAUGAGAUGCAGGGAGACUGGAUCAUGACAAUUAAAGAAGCUGACAAAGAGUUAAAGGAACGACUGAUGAAUGGCAAUGAUCAGAACCAUCCUAUCAGUAACCAGGUGUUGUCUCAGAUACCCAGUAAACGACCAGCACCGUCUGUGCCCGUCCCCCAGGGCAACCACAACCCCAGCCAGAACAAUAAUAUUAAUGAAGGAAUGAAUCGUCUAGACAUCCGACGUAAUAACAUCCCUGAUCGUGACCCUGGGCGACCCAUUUCCAUGGCAAUACAACCACAGAACUCUAGAAACUUGGGGCCUUCGUAUGAAACUGGGAUGAAGUCGGGCCAGUCUGAAUCGACACCUAAUAUAAACAUGGCCCCGGUUAUACACAGCAGAACUGAGUCUGCACCAGUGCUCAGUGAUUACAAAGAUUCAGGUUCCCCUGUUCACCUUCGUAGUAAAUCUGACAUGACCGCCCCUGUUGUUGUCUCUCCUUAUAAAUCCAAUAUUAGCUUGUUUGGACAGCCUCAUCAUCUUUCCGUCAUUAAUAAUAGACCUCCAUUAUCACGCCCUAAAUCCCAGUAUGAUAUGCCAAACUCUAGCCACGCCCCAGCCUAUGUGGGGCCACCCCAUCACAUCCUGGAGGCCGCACCCUACAGGAAUUACCAGCGCCAGCCUGCGCCCCAGCCCCCACAGAGACCUGUGUCACAAUACGACAUUCCACGACAGUCCCCCUCCCUAACCUCCACGGUGGGACCUCUAUUACUACAGUUGAAGGAGGAAUAUCGAGAAGACUAUCGACGUCGAGGACACCCUGUCCAGAGGACAGAAGCUGUAGAUGAGCUGAGGAAUGCUUUCGAGCUUGCUGAACGAUCAUGUGCUGGAAUCACAGAUGACUUUUUAACUGGGGUCAUUAGUCGUUUGUCAAACACAGCAGCAGUACCAGAGACGGAGAUCAGACGAGCGAUAGACAGAGUCAAAAGACCUUCCUAGCAGUGGGAUUUGGAGGACCAGUGUUAAGUGCUAGAGAAGUAAGGAGGACAGAGAAGUGAGGAAAACUGAGGACUUAGGGCUCCUCAGUGAGGACACAUUCCUUCUGUGUGAUUUAUAUACAUAUAUAUAUUAUAUCUUUAUGGACUGCGUUAGCAGCUGCUAUGAAUUCCUAUACAAGAUGUAUACUCUUCCCCUGUGACGUUGUCAGGUGUGUGAUGAUGGCUAUAUCCCUUGAGGGCAGCAUUAAAACAAAAAAAUGGUUAGAACUCUGUUUCCAGAUAUUGCUGUGUUACAGUGUGUAUACCUCGGCUGUGUGAAUGGAUCAGGACUUGAUCUCUAGAUCAAGAGGAUCAGAAAUUUUUCUGUCCAGAUGGAGGAAUGCUCUAAAGCUGGGUGGAUUGUGGCUUCCUGUUACCAUGGUGACCAGAAACUGGUCUGGGUCACCACGCUAGAAUUUCUUCAUGAGGAGUUUAAAUGAAGCUGUUAUGGACAGGAGAGAUUUGUCAUGUCAUCAAUGGUUCUGCCUCAGUUAAAACUGUAACCAAAGUUUCACUUUUUUCAGGGACUGUCUUUAAGUAUUUAUUUCUUAUUUUAGACUGACUGCUUUCUUUAUUUGAUCAGAGGCCUAAUGUUGACAAGUUGAUCAAAUCAACUGCCGAUUUGUCGUCAUUAGUCGUCAUUCUCAUAUCAGUCCUCAAGUCAUGAAAUGAGUAACUACUCCUUACACUAAUUUUAUGAAAGUUGUUUGGUGCUAUUUUGUUGAAACCAUAUUUUUUUUGUGUAUAUUUGCUUUUUGCACUCUGAGAUAUACCUAGGUCUUUAUGAUAGUACUAGGUUCUGAGCAGAGUGCGAUUUCCUUUAUAAAUGUAAGACCAGUUCGACUACAAUUAAGAAAUAAAUUUGCUGGGUAUGGCGAGACUUUUGAAACAUGAAUUAAAGUGUUUUAAGACUACUCUGUUCAUCUGAUCAGUUCAAAAUAAAAUCUACAAUUUUAACAUGCUAAAGACAUUUUCAUGAUGAAGUGAUGUUACAAAGUCCAAUUAUUAAGGUGUAUAGAUCCUCAGUCAUGUUACAUGUGGAUAACUCAUGAUCCCCAGUAAGUGAUUAGUGGAAUGUACAGAUAUAACCAGUAGAUUCUGAUACUCUGUAAUUUGUCUGCAUUAGGCCUCUGUCAGGUUUAUCCACAAUACUUUAUUAUAUGUCAGCGUUCCUUCUGACAUAUUGUCAAGCAAACAAAAAAAUCAUUAUCAAUAUUUUGUUUUUCUUUGUGGAGAGUUAUGACCAUAUCUAAUGAUAGUGUGAACGUGUUGUGAGUAUAUAAUUUUAACAAGAGACUUGUGAGAGAUGUCAAGCUGAAGUUAUUGUUAUUUUAUGACAGUUCGUUUAUUUUCAUGUUAUUGAAGGUACAUAUUAUAUUAAUGUAUUUCAUGUGAACGUGUGACUGGGAAUUGUUACAUGAGAGGGUGAGUUUGUUUUUGUCAAGAAUGAAUUGCAGUGUCUAAAUCAUGGAUGAAUUUUUUUUUUAAAAGACUUCAAAUUGUCACAAAUGUUUGUAAGCCAAAAAGUUCAGAAGUCCAUUCAAGUGUUUGAAAAGAAAAGCAACAAAUAUAUGUUUUAUGAAGGCUGCAAAACAAAUGCCACUCAGAGUAGAUAAGUUUCCUGUCAUAGGUUACCUCCCUUCCUGUUAGUUAUCUUUCCUGCUGUCAUAAGUUAUCUCUCUUGGCAGCCUCUUUCUGUCAUGAGUUAUCUAUCCUGGAAGUCUCUUCUUGAAGAAUAUUUAGUACCAAUAAGUUGAUUUUUUUCUCUCUCUCUGGAUUUUGAUAAUGGAUGGUGCUUCAGUGACCACUGUGAGACUUUUUUUUAUGUAGUCCCUGAUUUCACUUGUAUUCUGUAUAAUAUCAUUUUAAUUACCCUAUAUUUUAUCGGUACUUUUGUGUAAGUGGGGUUGGUAAUAGCAAUAUACGUACUACAUUGUCCUUAUCUAUUUUGAUUAGUGUAUAACAAAUAAUCUAGGCUGUGAACCAUAACUUGUAUCUGCCACACAAACUUUUACAUUUUUUUUAUUUAGCAGAAAAGUUUUAAGAAAUCAAAAUUAUAUUUCAUGUUAUUUCGCCAAACAUAAUUUAUUUCUUUGAAAAUUUAUGCUGUUAGUUAAAAAAAUCUCUGAGAAUAUGACUCCAUAUUUUUCAGUGUGAUACAAUGUUCUAUCUGAGGAGGGGUGUUUUACAAAAAAUCCAUCAUGUGUAAGCCUCUAGUUGUGUAAGCCUCUAGUUGUGCUAUUCGGAUAAAUGGUUUACAGUGAUGUAUAACUGCUGGACAGUCAUUUGUAAACAGAAACAAUAACCCCUCACUAUCGGCCAUGUUAAAUGCAGAGCUGCAGUGGAUGCUGACUAAGAUUUCAGUUAUAUAGUUUACAUUUUCUUGUAUCUUCCUACAUCUCUUGAAACAAUGGUGAUGCUACCUUACUCAAUCUGUGUUUCCUUUUUUUCCAUUACAGUCUUACUGUAUUAGUUAAUUUGUUUCUGUUAUUGUUGGCUUGAAUGAUUGGCAGCGAUUGAAUGGUUGUAUUUCAGUAUAGGUUUGAUGUAUAUCUAGAGUGACGUGUAUUAAAAUCAUGUAGCAGAAGAUGACAAAGUAUAUAUAUAUAUAUUUAUAAUCUAUAACACAUGUAAAUAGAUUAGUUUUAACACUUUUUCACACCCUUUGUUGAUUUCUCAGAGGGAUGGUGUUAUCAAUAGAACAUCCAUUUUGAAUUUUUCCCAGAAUUGACUUUUCAGGAAGUCAAGAGUUUCUUGUGUAUUUUUUUCAAACUGAGAUUAGAACUUACAGAAAAAUCCCCAAUAGAUUUCAAUAGUUUACUCUUAUUUUAUACCUCUUACAAAGUCUUUUUUUUUUAAAGAUUUUUUUUCGAAUUGAUAAAAAAAUAACAUUCCAAACUUUGAAAUGUAGAUAUAUAUGAGAUCAUUGAUGUUACUAUAUUGUUAUUUAUAGGAAUGAGUGAAGUAACUAAAAUGGGAAAAAAGGCAACGUUGUUUAUAAUUCUUGUGAUGUUGAUAGCCCGGAGAAUAAUUUAAGAUAUUCCUUGUGAAACCCCUUAGUUUUAUGUUGGAUGUUAAAUAUUGGUAGGAUUGAUAUUUUUUUUCUCUCAAAGCUUUGAAAAUCAAAAUUAAUGUCUUACCAGUUUAUAUUUUGUUGACGUUAACCAUAUCUGACGGAAUUUGUGUAAAAUGCCUUGAUUCUCUCUGUUGCUGAUGUUACACUUUAUAGAGUUGUCGUUCUUUACUCUUGAAAGAACGACAACUCGUGAGAGACAUAUUAACAACAUUGUUACACUGGGUUCUUUUGUGAAUUAGUUGUAAGUUAAGAAAAAUGAAGACAAAAAUGGGGAAAUUAUAGAGAACAUUUGUGAUGUUUAUAAACUUAACUAGAAAUGUGUGGAAAAAAAAGUUAUACAAGUUCAAUGUACACAUGAAAAGAGAGACUCUAUAAACAUAUACUCGUCUGUUCAUAAGAAUACGUGCUUUCUAAUUUUCAUGUACUAAUGAUUAUACACAAAUAAAUUCCAGAAUAAUGUUA